CCGCCGCGUAUGGUCCGGGGUGAUACGCCUGUCAUCUGUCUCUGUUUGUUCUUCCUGACCCUUUGUUGAAGAGAUCUGAAAGGGGUCGCGAGCCAUUGAGCCAUCAUGGGUCGGUACCUGGGGCUUAAGGGCACUAGGCUCAACGUCGCUAUCGGCAUCAUCGCCGGUCUGGAUUUCUUGCUUUUCGGUUAUGACCAAGGUGUCAUGGGAGGACUUUUGUCCCUGGGCUCUUGGGUUAGAACAUUCCCUUCGAUCGAUACUACCAAGGAGGGUACGGCCGGUCUCACCCAGUCCCAAGUCAACCACCGUUCAACCAUCCAAGGUAUUGCUGUUGCGUCGUACAAUGUCGGCUGUUUCUGUGGUGCCAUUCUAUGUAUCUUCAUUGGUGAUCGCCUCGGACGUCGGAAGACUAUCUUCAUAGGCUCCGCAAUCAUGGUGGUCGGUGCGGUCCUGCAGUGCACCGCUUUCGAACUCGCGCACUUGAUUGUCGGCCGUAUCGUAACUGGAAUUGGAAAUGGCCUGAAUACCUCGACCGUCCCGACGUGGCAAUCAGAGUGCUCCAAGUCACAUCGCCGUGGUCAGCUCGUCAUGAUAGAAGGCGCUCUCAUCACAGGUGGUAUCUGUAUCAGUUACUGGCUGGAUUUUGGAUUCUCCUUCCUCGAGCCAUCCUCGGUCUCGUGGAGGUUUCCCAUUGCCUUCCAGAUCUUGUUCGCCAUCAUCAUUCUCCUCUUUGUCUUGCCUCUUCCCGAGUCGCCUCGUUGGCUCAUAAUGAAGGGCAAAGAGGAGGAGGCCGUUGCAGUGCUCACGGCUCUGAUGGAUCUGCCUGCUGAUGACCCCUUGAUACACACCGAGUUCACCGAAAUCAAGGACACCGUCUUGGCCCUCAAGGAUUCCUCUUUCAAGGAUCUUUUCACCAUGGACGAAGACAGGCACUUCCACCGUGUCGUCCUGGCCUACGUCAACCAGAUGUUCCAACAGAUCUCCGGUAUCAACCUCAUCACUUACUACGCGGCCGUUAUCUACGAGAACAGCAUUGGUCUCAGCGGUAUGCUCUCUCGUAUCCUUGCUGCUUGCAACGGAACGGAGUACUUCUUGGCUUCGUGGCUUCCCGUCGUAAUCGUCGAAAAGGUUGGCCGUCGACCGCUGAUGCUGGUUGGCGCUGCGGGAAUGUCUCUCUCGAUGGUGGUCCUGGCCAUCACUACGAGCUUCGAGGGCCAGACCAAGCCUGGUAUUGUGGCAGCAGUCUUCCUGUUUGUCUUCAACACCUUUUUCGCCUGGGGUUGGUUGGGUAUGACCUGGCUGUACCCGGCUGAGAUCGUCCCUCUGCGUAUCCGUGCCCCCGCCAACGCUCUGUCCACCUCCGCCAACUGGGCCUUCAAUUUCAUGGUCGUCAUGAUUACUCCUGUGGCUUUCAGCUCCAUCGGAUACAGAACCUACAUUAUCUUCGCAGUUAUUAACGCUUUUAUCUUCCCCGUCGUCUACUUCUUCUACCCGGAGACUGCCUACCGUUCUCUGGAGGAGAUGGACAACAUCUUCCACAAGACCACUUCUAUCUGGGACCUUGUCAAGGUUGCACGGGAUGAGCCUCGCCGCUACGGCAAGAAUGGUGAACUGCUCAUCAACUACGCUGAGACGGAAGAUCACUUGCGCCGUGCUAGUCAUGUUUCCGGCGAAAAGGGAAUUAUCACCAACAAGUCCCAUGCCAACGCAGACUACCACAUGGAAAACGGUGAAGCUCAUAUCGAGCACAUCAAGGAUCCCGACCAGUCCGCCUAAGUGGACAGCCAUGAUUAUAUUAUGAGGGCUGCGGGAGCAGUCGUUGCACGACGUGAUGACUUGACUUUCCGUUUCCAGUCACAGCCGCUGGCUCGAACACUGGCUGGCUGAUCUAUUUUCUUUUCUCUCUGUUUCGGUUCUAACGUGCAU